AUGGGUGUAGAGAUGGUGAGUUCAGAGGGAUUAGGUAACUCGCCGCCGCCGAUAGAAGCGCCAGCGACACAGUAUGGCCUCACAAAGCAGAUUUCCAUGGCGGGUACGACCGAAGCCGACAUACUAAGAAGUCGUUAUUUGGGAAGGUUUUUGGCGGAAGCUGGGCUGUAUGAGAGCGAAGAGGAAGCUUCAAAGACAGAAGAAGUUGUUGUUCGAAUUCAAGAGAUUGCAACUAAUUGGGUCAAACAAGUUACUCGUUUGAAGGUAGAUAAGAUGGUUGAAGAUGCAAAUGCUCUCAUAUUUACUUUUGGUUCUUAUCGGCUUGGGGUUCAUGGACCUGGCUCUGACAUAGACGCUUUAUGCGUUGGACCAUCCUAUGUGAACCGAGAAGAUUUCUUCUUUGUACUGCACAAUAUCCUGGCAGGAAGGGAAGAAGUUACAGAGUUACAACCAGUUCCGGAUGCUCAUUUCCCUGUAAUGAAAUUCAAGCUCAAUGGAAUUCCAAUUGAUCUUCUUUAUGCAAGCAUCUCUCGUUUGGUUGUGCCUCAAGAUCUGGACAUCUCCGACGUGACAUUAUUGCACGAUGUUGAUGAGCCUACUGUUCGAAGUCUCAAUGGCUGCAGGGUUGCAGAUCAAAUCCUGAAACUGGUGCCGAAUGUCGAGAAUUUUCGCACUACGCUUCGUUGUUUGAAGUUUUGGGCUAAAAGGCGAUGUGUUUAUUCCAAUGUGACUGGAUUUCAAGGGGGUGUUAACUGGGCACUUAUUGUUGCUCGAAUUUGCCAACUUUAUCCGAAUGCGGUUCCAAGCAUGCUUGUUUCACGAUUCUUUAGGGUCUUUACUCAGUGGCGUUGGCCCAACCCAGUUAUGCUUUGCGCAAUUGAAGAAGAUGGACUUGGAUUUUCUGUAUGGGAUCCUCGUAAAAUUUCUCGUGAUAGGACUCAUCUUAUGCCAAUUAUUACACCUGCCUAUCCAUGCAUGAAUUCUAGCUACAAUGUUUCCUCAAGCACCCUUGGCGUCAUGAUGGAGCAGUUCCAGCAUGGCAACAACAUUUGUGACAAAAUUGAGCUGAAUGGAGCAAAGUGGAGUGCUCUGUUUGAGCCUUAUUUGUUCUUCCGUAGCUACAAAAACUAUUUGCAGGUUGACAUUGUUGCAGCUGAUGCUGAUGACUUGCGUGCUUGGAAAGGCUGGGUAGAAUCCCGGCUGAGGCAGCUGACGUUGAUGAUCGAACGCGAUACUCUCGGAAAGCUGCUGUGCCAUCCUUAUCCUCAGGAGUAUGUAGAUGCCUCUAAAACAAGAUUUCAUUCUGCAUUUUUUAUGGGAUUACAAGGAAAACAGGGGGAAAUAAUUCAACAAGGUCAGAAGUUCGAAAUACGUUGGUCGGUUGAUGAGUUCCGGCAUUCAAUGAGCAUGUUGUACAUGUUUCGGAAACCUGGAAUGGAAAUCUAUGUAUCCCAUGUCCGUAGGAAGAAGCUUCCAGCUUAUGUGCUCAACAAUGGUGUUGCAUAUCAAACUGAAUCUGGUGAGAAAUGCCUUAAAAGGAAAAAGGAUGCCGCUGGAGAAAAUAGUGAGCAACAUAGGCUAUUGAAAUGUAGGACUCUUGAUAGGAAUCAUUCAGGUUCACCCGGGAUUAUAAGUCGAUAUGUUUGCUGA